GCAUCUGUCAAUUGUCAUUGUCGCGAACGCGAUACUCGCGAUGCCGAUGCUGUCAUAGUACAUAUUGUUCUUGGCACGCACGAUAUCGCAAUUUGAUUUGAUUUUUUACAAAAUCCACUAGUACCUGUAAUAUAGCAGAGGCUCCAAUGACUACGUGUGGUCUUUGUAAUCACUAAAUUUGAAGAAACGAAGUACUAAAUAGUUAAAAAGAACAAUAGGCUGUAUACUUGGGAAAAGCAACUACUUCUAUAUAUUAAAAAUUAAGCAGAUUAAGGACUUAGUUCAAAAUGAAAUACUGUAGCCUACUUUUGAUAUUUAUCAUAACCUGCGGUCUUCUAGAAUGUAUGGUUGCAGAGCUAAUUACUAUGUCCUUGAUGGGUGCAGCUUUUAUAACAGGUGGUUGGUACAAGUGGCAAACGAUAAAAGAGAACUCAUAUUGUCGGUUCAUGGAAUGUUGCAAUGAAAAUUAUGUCCCAUAUGACAUUGAGAAAUUAAAGUCAUCACUCUCCAAGUAUAUGUUUGGACAACCCCUAGUGAAUGAGCUAGGCAGUAUUAUAAGUGCACACAAAGAAGCAGUGCUUAACAACAGCAACCGGAAGGCACUAGUGAUUAGUCUGCAUGGUUGGUCAGGAGUUGGCAAGAACUAUGCCUCCAAUAUGAUCGCUGAGGCCCUCUACAAGAAGGGCACUAAAAGCCAGUAUGUCAAGUUGUUCAUGGGAGAUAAGGACUUUAACUGUGAGGAUUUGGACAAGAAGAAGAAGGAAGUAAUGUCCGAAGUAUUUAGGGUUGUGAAGAGCUGUCCAAUGUCUCUAAUAAUAUUUGAUGAAAUACAUGACAUGUGUCCGAGCAUUCUGGACACUGUGAAGCCGUUCCUGGAUCACCACCAGUCUGUGGAUGGAGUUGAUUUUAGGAACAGCAUAUUCAUCUUUAUCUCUAAUAUUGGAGGAGGUCAGAUAGCCUCGACUCUUUUGGACUUGUAUGGACAAGGAGUGAAAAGGAGUGAUGUGGAAUUCCACAUGUUCGAACCUAUAAUUCGCAAAACGGCAUAUUUUACAGGUGGUUUCAAGCAGUCGUCGACGAUCGCGAACCACCUGAUAGACCACUACAUCCCGUUCCUGCCGCUGGAGCAGCAGCACGUGGAGCAAUGCGCGCUGGCCGAGCUGCGCGCGCACGGCGUCGCCGACCCCACAGAGCAGAUGAUGGCAGAUGCGAUGUCCGUGAUAACGUACGGGCCGAGCGAAGCGCAGCCAAUUUUCGCGAAUAACGGCUGCAAAAGAUUCACGAAGCACAUUCCCUACGUAGUACAGAAGCACAAACCGAAAAAGGAGAACAGUGAUCUAUAAAUGGUCUAUUGUUAUAAGUUGCAAUUGUGAUAAUUUAAGAAAUCGUGUUUACUUUUUAAAAGCGGGGUUUUCACACUGAGCAAGCAUUUGGGCAUGCACCGUCUUACCUACCAACCAGGGGUCGACACUCCACGGCACGCGAGCUGCUUGGAAUGGGGUUUCGGGCAGCUGCGUGUCCUUUGUGAGCACAGAUGCACCCGGUUACAGAUUAAAAUUAACCUGUAUGCAUUUCAAUAAGGAUUACUAUGAGGUGUUAUAAUAAAAUAGGCUUUCAAAAGGUUGAAGGUUGCGAACCUCUUGAUUGAUGAUAGUUUUCAUCGUUUUCACUAGAUCAAAACACGACUUACGUAUGAGUAUUAGAUACUCGUAUUUUAAAUAGAACUAUGUUCUGCUUUGUACCUUAAUAUGUUUUAAUAGUAAGUACGCUAUUUAUUAUAAAAAUCUAUAAGUAUUUUUUCAUAUUUAAACGGUGUCCUAACUUUUUAAAAGUAUUCUUGUUUUAUGUGGUCUUGAAGUAAAAAAUAAAUAACGCAGGUAUCAUAAAAGUAAACGAAAUAAUGGUUAAACCUAUAAUCAAACAAAUAAUUGUCAUUGUUUUAUUAACUAAUUACUUCCAUUUUUAUAUGAUACUAAUAAAGAUAAGUACAGUUGAGCUGUUCUGUAAGUAUUUUAUAAAGCAAGCUAAGUACGAAUCUCUCUGGAAAGUUACCUCCUUGUUUGUGCCAAGUUAAUUUUGUGUCAUUUGGGUGCUUAUGGGUGCUCAGGCUCAGCUAUUGCUCUGGGUAGCAUUCAUAAUUUAUUUAAUUUUUAUUAGAUUCCCCAGUGAUACCUACUAAUCGAAAUAAAUUAAGUUUUUUUAUACUGUAUAUUUGUUUUACGUCCAUCAACGUUAAAAAUAAAUGUUACUAUUAGUA